AUGGCAGUGGCGGAUGUACUAGUCAUUAUCCUCGACCUGAUAUUGAGACACAUUCCCAUUGUUUAUCGGGAACAGUUUUAUUUCCUGUAUUCCAUGCCCGCGUGUAAUAUCCACGCCGUCCUGCUUUAUGCAGCCACUGACUGUUCUGUCUGGUUCACCGUCACUUUCACCUUUGAUCGAUUUGUGGCCAUUUGUUGCCAGAAGCUGAAAAGUAAAUACUGCAGUGAGAAAACGGCGGAUGUGGUUCUGGGAACAGUGACUGUGCUGAGCUGUUUAAAGAACAUUUUCUGGUAUUUUAUGUUCACAGCUCACUGUUGGCUAGCGAACCAGCCCUGGUUUUGUGAUGUAACAGACGAUAUUGCAUUCUCUCGUGUCUGGCUCACAAUCGAGUUCCUCCACAACAUUCUAACCCCGAAUCUCCCAUUUCUCCUGAUUCUGCUGCUCAAUGUUUUCACCGUCAGACACAUUUUAGUGACUAGCAGAGCCCGCAGGAGACUCCGGGCUCACACCAAUGGGGACGGUCAGUGUGACACUGAAAUGCAAAAUCGAAAAAAAUCCAUCAUUUUACUGUUUGUGACCUCGGCCAAUUUCAUCGUAUUAUGGUCAAUGUUAAUGGUGUAUUCUAUAUGGUACCGGAUGUGGUGGAUUGGGUAUAAAUCUGUGUAUCUAGAUUGGUUUGUGCAGGAAUUGGGCUUCAUGCUGCAGCUCCUCAGUUGCUGCACAAACACCGCGAUUUAUGCUGUGACCCAGACUAAGUUCAGGCAGCAGCUGAAGAAUGUGCUGAAAUAUCCCUUUACCCAAAUUCAUCAAUCA